AUGGACAGCAGCAGGACAGUCUAUAUUAUGGACAGCUGCAGGUUAGUCUAUAUUAUGGACAGCAGCAGGUUAGUGUACGUUAUGGACAGCAGCAGGUUAGUCUACGUUAUGGACAACAGCAGGUUAGUCUAUAUUAUGGACAGCAGCAGGUUAGUCUAUAUUAUGGACAGCAGCAGGUUAGUCUACGUUAUGGACAGCAGCAGGUUAGUCUACAUUAUGGACAGCAGCAGGACAGUCUAUAUUAUGGACAGCUGCAGGUUAGUCUAUAUUAUGGACAGCAGCAGGUUAGUGUACGUUAUGGACAGCAGCAGGUUAGUCUACGUUAUGGACAACAGCAGGUUAGUCUAUAUUAUGGACAGCAGCAGGUUAGUCUAUAUUAUGGACAGCAGCAGGUUAGUCUAUAUUAUGGACAGCAGCAGGUUAGUCUAUAUUAUGGACAGCAGCAGGACAGUCUACAUUAUGGACAGCAGCAGGUUAGUCUAUAUUAUGGACAGCAGCAGGUUAGUCUACGUUAUGGACAGCAGCAGGUUAGUCUACAUUAUGGACAACAGCAGGUUAGUCUAUAUUAUGGACAGCAGCAGGUUAGUCUAUAUUAUGGACAGCAGCAGGACAGUCUAUAUUAUGGACAGCAGCAGGUUAGUCUAUAUUAUGGACAGCAGCAGGUUAGUCUAUAUUAUGGACAGCAGCAGGACAGUCUACAUUAUGGACAGCAGCAGGUUAGUCUAUAUUAUGGACAGCAGCAGGUUAGUCUACGUUAUGGACAGCAGCAGGUUAGUCUACAUUAUGGACAACAGCAGGUUAGUCUAUAUUAUGGACAGCAGCAGGUUAGUCUAUAUUAUGGACAGCAGCAGGUUAGUCUAUAUUAUGGACAGCAGCAGGUUAGUCUAUAUUAUGGACAGCAGCAGGUUAGUCUAUAUUAUGGACAGCAGCAGGUUAGUCUAUAUUAUGGACAGCAGCAGUCUACUCUAUGAAUAA